AUGAAUGACACGGACAUGAUGAUUGGCAACCACUCUCCAAUCUUAAAUCAUAAACAACACAUUGAACAUCAACAACAGCCACAGAAGCAACAACUCAAUGAACAACUACAUGCUGCUGCUGCUCAGCCACAACCACAGUCACAGCCACAAGCACAGCCACAGCUACAAGCACAGCCACAGCCACAGCCACAAGCACAAACACAAUCAAAGACACAAACACAAGUUGAACCAACUCAAAAACAGGUUGAACCAAAGAAGAAGGUUAGGAAUGAUGUUUUUGGAAUAGAUCCAGAUGCCUACUAUGCCCUGAUCACACUCUACAACAGGGAUGGUACCAUCACCACCAAGAACAAAAUUAGAAUGUUGGACACUCGUCUCACUUUUGGAAGUGAUAAAUCAUGUAACUUAUCAUUGGACAGAGCUGGCGUCGAGCCAUUGCAUGUGAUGAUCCAGUAUGACAUUAAUAUCAGACAGUUUGUGCUGACGCCAAUGUGUAGCAUCACUCGCUGCGACACUAUUCGUGUCAACUUUGUGCCGGGCAUCUACAGGCCAAUCAUCCUACACAACAAUGAUAUUGUCACGAUCAGUUUCCGCUCAUUCAAGAUCACCUUCAACAGGGAUGUGGGUGGUGUGCCCAUCCCCGAGUCCUUCUUCUCCUCGUCCUUCAUGCCACACAACAUGAUGGCCAUGCCAGGCACCGCUGCGGCCACCACCGUGACACCGGCUGCUGCAGCCAAAGACCCUCUCAUUGCGACGACGACGAAGCGGGCUAUCGUUAUCAAGAAACCGGCGCCAAAGCCUGUUACCGGAGUUAUAUUGAGUAGCGAGGACUUAUCCUCGAUCAUUGGCGAGCGUGGCGUGGGAGCCAAAGGUGGAAACAGGAAGAACGAGACACAGCAGUCCCAUGUGGUUCCCAAGAGUACACAGAACCAUGACGACGACGAAUCAGAGAGCAGCGAAGAGGAUGACUUUGAGCCAAAGGCCAGGACUCACAUAUCUCUGUCUGCCUCCAUCAAGAAACCUGCCCCAGCAGUGGCUCAACCAAAGGCUGCCACUACAGCAUUGCCCUCCAAGCCUCAGGCGACCAAGCAACAGCAGAAGAAGCAGCCUCCUGUACAGGUUCAAGAGGAAGUGGAGGAGGACGAUGAGGAGAUGGAUGAGGAGGAUGAGGAUGAGGAGGUUGAGGUUGAGGCCAAGACCCAACCUCGCACCAAGCAACAAUCAAAGGCUGUCAAACCACAAACAAUAAUGAUGGAGGUCACACCAAAGAAGGAUAGAAACAUGCCAUCAUCGUCCAAGCGAGUCGCCAAGGUAGCCCCUAGAUUCCUCGAAGAGGUCAUCCAGAACCUCACUCCAAAGAAGAAUGCGCCAGCAGCAAAGCCAGUCAAGACAGCCAAGCCAGCUCCAACCCGAGUGGCGGCCACCAAGUCUGAGCCCGCGCCAGUCGCCAAGCCAUUCACCAAGAGAAAGAAGUCCGUAGCCGAGCCUGCCAUAGUUACCGCUCCAGUCAAGUCAAAGAAGCCGGCCACUACCACCACCACCACCAAGCCAGCCACUGCUGUGGCUACUGUCAACAAGUCCUUGACCAAGAACCAGAUCAAGGCGAUGAUGGCCCCUGUCAAGGUGCCAACGACAUCGACCAAUGCCAUGGUGGCCGCCGUCACCAAGCUGUCCACGGGCGUGGACGCACGUCUGCCCGCAGUGAUUGACAAGUCAUCACUCAACAACUUCCAGCGCAAGAUCAUCAGUGUGAUGGAGAAGUUGGAUCUCCAAACCUAUAUUUUGGACGACACUGAGGUCAAAACGACGAUGCCCUUCCUCUAUCUACCAGCGCUCGGUCAGUUCCCGAAAGGCAUCUCGGAUAUGGUGGAUUACUAUCAGAUGAUAGAGUCGCCCAUCUCAUUGGGCAUGAUCAAGAACAGACUGUUGGCCGGUUGCUAUGAAGACGACAUCGAGUUGAUCUGUGAGCAAAUGGAGCUCAUAGCCAAAAACGUCCAGGAGUUCCUUGGUUAUGACACUGACUAUUGUCGUGAUAUCUGUGAUACACUUGUCCUGUUCCUGAAAGGUGUAAGGGAAGCCAGAUUAUUGAAUCCAGCUGAAUGCAAGGCCAAGCUUGAGCGUGUUGGCCUUAUAAGACAAGGAUACAACCCAGAUGAUCCUGAUGAUAGUGAGGAGGAGAAGGAGGAGAAGGAGGAGAAGGAGGAGGAGGAGGAGGAGGAAGAGGGGGCCGAAGAUGAUGUCGAGGCCGAGGAUGACGAGGAGGAUCAGGAGGCCGAAGAGGCCGAAGAUGAAGACGAAGAAGAGGAGGAGCUGGAUGAUGUCCAAGUUGAUGAAGAAGAGGAUGAUGAUGAGGAAGACCAGGCUGUAGUCCCCACCAAACCCAAGACCGUCACCAAACAAGCCAAACCAACAUCAAAGGUUCAGGCAGCAGAGUCCAGCGACGAGGAGGAAGAGGUUGCCGAUGAUGUCGAGGAGGAGCAGGACGAGGAGCAGGACGAUGUCGAGGAGCAGGACGAUGAUGCCGAAGAGGAAGAUGUCGAUGUCCAAGGCGAAGCGGACGAGGAUGAAGAGGAGGAGGCUUGUGAUUCGAAUGAUAGUUUAUAG